ACACCACCCGUUGACGUCACCUUCAACCCUCUUUUCCUGCGCCUCUCCGUGUAGCCGAGCAGAGGCGAAGGAAUACCUAAUGUCGAUCUUCUUCCCUCCUGCUCCGAUGCCUACGAUACCGGAGACAGCACCACCGCCGCCGCCUUCAAACUUAGUGCCUGAAUCCGAGGAGUCAUCUUCCGGCGCUGAAGCAGCGGCGACGCUCCUGGUUCGACAUCUGCCGGAAGGAAUGCCUCACGACCUACUAUCUCGUCUGUUCUCUCACUAUGGUGCCUCCAGUGUCCGGCCCUGCGCCGGUGGAAGACUAAGGAAUUGUGCCUUUGUGGAUUUCAAGGAUGAAGUUCUAGCCACUCAAGCACAAACUCAGUUGAACAGGUUGAGAUUUCUGGGAAAAGUCUUAAAAGUAGAGAGAGCCAGCAAGCCCAAUUUGAAGUCUGCAGAUCAGAAAAGUGAUUCUCAAUCAAAGAAGGAUUCCACUGCAAAUUCAUCACAUCUCAAGGAAUCUUUUACAAACCAAAAGAACUUGACGACUGGUGAACCCAUUGCUCCAAGGCUGGGUGUGGACUAUCCUUUUCCACCACAUCUCGAGUAUGCAUAUCCUCCUCCUGAUGGAAAUAUAUUGACCAACAUUGUGAAUGCACUAAUUGCUGUCCCUCGAUUUUAUACACAGGUUUUGCAUUUAAUGAACAAAAUGAAUAUUCCAGCACCAUUUCGCAUGGCAUUGCCAACUCCACCAUUACCACCCCCAAUACCUGCUGCUCCACCUCCAUCACCUCCUCGGCCUCCUACUACAACAGCAAUGAAGUCAAAUUUGAAUGAUUUAUCCAGUGAAGAGUCUGAGAUGGAAUCAUCAGAAGAAGAUGCUGAGAGUAGUCAUCGUCAAAAGCGUAGGAGGCAAGAAGCAAUUGUUGGUCCUGCAGUUGAUAGAGGUGUAGCACAUGAAGAUGUUGGAUUGAAACCUGUUUCCUUGGUUCCAAAAGAAAUUCCAGUUAUUAGAAAGAAAAAUCCUGUAUUGCAGAUUAAAGUUGCUCCUAAACCAGUUCUCAAGGAAACUAUGGAAAAAGAUAUGUGUGUAAAAGAACCAGCUUUAGAUAAUGAGCAUUUUGAGCAUUCACUUAUCGCUACACCACAAGAAAUUGAAAGUGGAAAAUUGCCUCCCGAGGAAAUCCUGUCUCUUCCCAUGUUCAAGAAUUAUUCUCCUGGAGACCCUGCAAGUGUCUUGUACAUUAAAAACUUGGCAAAAGAUGUGGUUGUUGAUGACUUCUACUUCAUAUUUGGGUCACUUUUUGGAAGCAUUGAAGCUGCUAGAGUUGGACUCACUAUUAAGUUGAUGCAGGCCGCAUGAGGGGUCAAGCAUUCGUGACAUUUCCAUCUGUAGAUCUUGCUCAGCAUGCACUGGUGUGUGUUGAACAAUAGCCUGACGUAUCUGCCUCUUCUCAUAGUGUUCCUCCUGGAUUUACAUCUUCUGUGGAUACUCCCUGGGGUUUCUUCUUUUAUGUAAGAUUUUGAUUGUUAAUUUAUUUUACCUUUGUGCAGAAUCUAGUCAAUGGAUACGUCUUCAAAGGGAAGCCAAUCAUUAUUCAAUUUGGCCGUAACUCCGGUGCCGCUAAAGCAAACUGAGUCAUGUUUUGUUAUUAGGAUAGAGUUUCAUUUUACAUGGUUGGACGUUUCACUAAAGUCAGGUACUCUGGAAGACCGAAAUGAAAAUCUCUACUGCGUCGCCGUCGCAAUGUAUAGUUGGACGACAGUUUUGAGGUAUUUUAACAACAGAGUUGUCUCAACUAGCAGGCAUCUUAAUCUGUGGAAGCCACAGAAGUAACAACUAGACUGCAGUGCAGUCUAAACAACUCAAACCACUUGCAGUCCGAAGAAUGCAGUGUUCAGCACCGACAUCAGGAUGGAAAACAUCACUAGCUAUUCUAUUAUACAUGAACCUUCCAUUCUUGCAUCAACUUCGUGUGGGACAAUGUAUCUUUUACUCAAAACCUUAUAGAGGAUUGAAUUUGCUAUUUAGAAA